CAGAACUUGGAACCUGGUCACCAGGUUCUGAAGACAAACCCAACCCAGCUCAUUUGUCUUGAGGUCUAGGACAAGACAAGAUGUCUUGCUGUUGUUGUUGUUGUUGGCCGAGAUCCACGGACAGUGGCUCAAAAAAAGGCCGAAGAAACUUGUGGCAUGCUUUCCUAAAAUGCUUUAGGAAGCUGUGUGGAUGUCGCAAGUCUUUAGUCAGAGUUGCCCCCGAGGAGGUGGUCUCUGACGUGCAAAUUCAAGAUAUCCUGAGAAAACAUAACUACUCACCUCCCAGAUACCGGGAAAGGCUCUUUUUGAGACCCAAGGACCGCACAAAAGGGAGUCACAGCUUUCAGAUUCUGGCCCAGGUCCACAAGUCUUGGCAGCAUGACCUGGAGACUGUGGAAGAGCUGCCAGAGACUCCGUCUCAAACAGAGCAGUUGGACUCUUCUGAAUGUCUUCCGACAGUCCAGGAGCCCAGCCAAACCAGUGAUUCAACAGAAACUGACAGCAAAGGUGCAGAAGAGACUGGAGAAUUAGCUUGUUUAUGUGCUGCUCCUCAGGGACAUGCGCCCCCAGCAGGCGAGCUGGGGCCAUCAAAAACCAUUCAGGAUGCUGCAGGUACUCCUGAGGACCUGGAGCUCACUGCACCGCUGAACCGGCAGCUUGACACUGUCCAGGGUCCUGAAGGAGGUGCCCAGGCAGCUGUACUCAUAGCAUCUCUGCUGGGGGAGCCAGGCCAGGGCCUGGAAGACUCAGGACAGCAUGUUGGGGGUGAGCUCACCCCACCCCUGCUGGGGGAAGCAGACCCAGACCCACCUCCCACUGGAUGUCCUGAGGCUGCCACAAUGACACCACCGCAGCAGGUGGAGCCAGGCCAGGGCCUGGAAGACUCAGGACAGCCUGUUGGGGGUGAGCUCACCCCACCCCUGCUGGGGGAGGCAGACCCAGACCCACCUCCCGCUGGAUGUCCUGAGGCUGCCACAAUGACACCACCACAGCGGGCAGAGCCAGGCCCUGACCAUCAGAAUACAGAACAUACAGAGGUUGCUGAGCUCCAGCUGUAAGGGGGAAAGGUUGUCUUUGUGGACUCCACCCCCACUCCAGACCAAAGCCAUCAAGUCUUGGGAAAAACAAAUCCCAUCACCACCCAAGGGAAGGUUGCUGGGACCUGAGUUUGGAGUUCAGCAGCCAGGUUUGGUAUGAAACCAGACAUGUGGGUCUUGGGGAGGGGUCUCUCUCUCCUCCUUGGCUUCAUGGCUCUUGGCUCGCGGCCAGCUCUCAGAGUACCAUUGGGAUUCCAGGCCGGCGGAACAGGGAGGACGCAUUAAAGACUUUAUCUCCCUCUUUUCUCCCUGAGUUGUACAUUUCCUCAUUUCCCCUUCCCUUGUGAAUAAACCUUUUGUGUGUACCUGCAGUAGAGUAUUAAUAAGUCCUUUUUAAGCACGC